CUUUCUGAUUCUCUAAACUGCCUCCUCCUUCACUACGUACUUUUUAUCAUAUCACACACUCACUCACAACAAGCCCGUACCAUGAUUGCAAUAAAUUAAUCUUCCAUUUCACUACUUAUUUCUUCAUCUCCUUCACCUUCAUGGAACGUCCUUCAUAACCUUGUCCUUCUCUCUCUCCCCCUCCCCCCCCAUGAACACGAUAAUGGCCAAAUCCCCCCACGACUCUUCCUUCUCCUUCUCUAGAAGGUACUUCCAUUUCACCAAGAAACUCGUCCAGGAAGAUGACGACGACCACCUCGAAGAACAGGUCCUCACCGUCACUCCAUUAUCCUCCCACCAUUUCUGCCACCAACAAGAACACUUCCCCAGCAAGAUCAACAAUCACUCUGUUUCCCGAUUUAAGUCCGCACUCACUCUCUUCACCAGAAACCGUUCCUUCCACCAGCGCCGUCAGUCCUCUCUGGUCGGAACCAGAGUGGUCGGCACUCUUUUCGGCAACCGUCGAGGCCGAGUUCACAUCGCCUUCCAGGAGGACCUCAAGUCGCUCCCACCAUUCCUGAUCGAGCUACCCACACCCACGAGCCUGCUGGUGAGAGAGAUGGCUUCUGGGACAGUACGAAUCGCGUUGGAAUGCGACAAGGAGAAGAAGAAGAAGAAGAAGAACAGAAGUGGGAACCUGGUGGGGGAGCCGGUUUGGAGAAGCUACUGCAACGGAAGGAAAUGUGGGCAAGCGAACCGGGUGGAAUGUGGAGAAGAAGAGUGGAAGAUACUGAAGGCGGUGGAGCCGAUAUCGAUGGGCGCCGGGGUGAUUCCGGCUACGUACGGUGGGUCCGGGGACGGCGAAGGAGAGGUGAUGUACAUGAGAGCGAGGUUCGAGAGGGUGGUUGGGUCGAAGGACUCGGAAGCAUACUAUCUGAUGAACCCUGAUGGAAGUGCAGGUCCUGAGUUAAGCGUUUAUCUGCUCAGAGUUUAAUUCGCUUUGCGAGAUCCAUUAUUUGCCUCUAAAUCUGAUGUUAAUGUUUGUUGCCUUCGAUAAUGGUGAUUUUUAAACAAGUUAUGUAUUAAUAGUGCAUUAGAGUAAUGUCGCAUUGUUUAGCUACAAAUAUAACUUGUUUGAACGCA